AUGCUCACCACAAGCCUUAACACCCUGCAGCCGAAUGCCCGGGUCGCUGACCAGCAGCUCAUGGAAGGUGUCAAGGCCUGGCAGGAGUGGCUAGACAAAGACGAGGACACAGGCACGGACGAGAUCUGCAACUUGCUGGGCGUCUUGAUGGCAAGGAUGCCGGGCGCCUCCCUGUCCAGGGCAAGCCGCAUUGCCAUCCAGGCAGCCGCCCGACGCAUGUCGGCCACCAGAAGCGCCGUGGCCCAUGCCUUGGAGCGGCAGAGUGACCUGAAGCGCAAAGCUGUGGCUUGGGGUGAGAAAGCCGCGCAGCAGGAGGGCACCGCACGGUCGGAGCUCGAGACGCAGAAGAUGGCCUUGGACGAGGCGACGGAGAGGGCCGACAAAGCUGAGGAGGAGUGUGAUGAUCUGACGCAGCAGGUCGAUAGCCAGGAGGUGCAAUUAGAGGCACAGCGAGCGAGUCUGCAGGAGCUCAUGACGAAACUCGAGGCAUCCCGGCUCCGGGAACAGGAGCUCAAAGCACAGCAGCGGGUGGUCAGCGACUCCGAGACUUCCCUGCGGAAGGAGCUGGAGCAGGCUCGCGCAGAUCUGGCCCGGGUGGAUGCCGAGCGCUUCGCCGAGGAGCGAGCUGCCGUCAAUGCCUCGGAGGCGGCAGAGACCGAGAAGCAGCGCCUGAAACAACUUCUCGAGGAGGUCGAGCGCAACGUCGAAGACAUCAAGCUGGAGCUCAGCAAUGAGAGGGAAAGCCACGGCAAUGAAAAGCUUCGCGUGCAGCAGGAGCAUGAACAGCGAGUUCAGGAUCUUCGCUCCAAGCACGACGAUGAAAGAACUCUUUUGAGGAGCAAGACGGAUAACUUCAGAGACGAGCACACUCGAAUGGCCGAGGACAUGAGGCAGCAGCUCGAAAGCGAGCGGCAGGCCCACACGAGGACCAAAGACGACGACAAGGGCCGCUUGCUGGAGCACAGCCGCACCGCGGGUGUCCUCGAGGGGAAGAUCAUCGCCAACACCGAGGAGAACAAGGCCUUGCGCCAGAGGCUCCAGGCCCUGGAAGAGAAGGCGGCCCGGCUCAGCAAUUGCAUUCACUUCACCUGCAAGCCACCGUUGGGCUUUCCACGUGGCAUUCCAUAUCUCGAAAUCUUCGAUCGUGCAUGCAAAGCACUGUACAUCGUGUGGCUGCGCAUCUCCGCUGCGGUGUCGAGGCGUCUGACGAAGCAUCACUGCAUCACCGUGUGCUUCGCCUCGAACUGCCCAAACAGCAGGUUCAGUUCAGACUUCGAUCUUCGCGUGGCGUGGGAACGCGUGACCUCUGAAGAGUCCUUUGUGGAGCGUGUGACUGCUGCUUUUUCCAGGGCCACGAACUCGCCUGCGGUCAAAGGCUCGUCUGAGUUCCGUCGGAGGAAAGCUGUCCUCUUGGUGGUCAUCCGUGCGCUGGUGCAGCUUCUCAUCGGUACUCAGCAACAGUCUGGGGCCAUACGGCUGGUCCGAACUCGAGAAAGAGAGCUCGAGGGCACGGAGGCAUUGCCAUAUCAUCCUUACGCUACGUUCGUCGAGGAUACCCUGGAAGAGGUCAGGGGAGUGCUUCAGGCACCUUCGCCGGAGCCUGAGAUACCGGCUCCGAGGCAAGUACCUUGCCCGGAACACCAGGCGCUCUCAUCUUCUUCUUCUGCCGCGCCGCGUGUUGCACCUUUGGAAGUGGUCGAAGUGCGUGAGGACAUCCCUGUCCUGAUUUCAUUGGAUUUCAGCGGGGUGCUCAACAUCCACUUUCAGGACAGCCGAGAUUUUUUGGACCGUUUGAACGCAGAGCGUCCGAGCCACGUGAAGCUGAAGUUUAUUUGCACGAGUUACUCUGGGACAGAACGGGCCAAAGAAACGCGUCAGUCGAUGGCUUCGGAGCUUCCGGGCGUGCCAGUCUACAUCACUAGCUCUCCAACGGGCCGUCCUGGAAAAGGAGCCUUCAUUAAGCGUUUGAUGGACCGGCGGUCGGAUCACUUUGCGUGUCAUUUGGAUGACAGAUCAGACAUCGUGCGGGACGUCGAGGCGUAUGGUGUUCACGGUAUUUUGGUAUCGCCGAAUACGUGGCUGACUGAUCUCGUGCCCACUGUGCUGUUGUGGCUGCGGUCCCUGUAA